AUGACUUUCGGCGUCCUCGAGUGGUCAGGAUGGCUGGAUCAAGGUCAACAUGAAUCUUCGCAGGAGCCACAGCCCAACCUAAUCGCUUUCGCCAACAGCCCCCGCACAAAUGGGAGACGCGAUUACAAUAAGGCUGUAAAGACAGCUCUUGCAAUGGCCUGCCAGGUCAUGCGCGUAGAUGCGAAAACACUGGUCCUUCUUCACGCUGAAAGUUACCCUACUCCAAAUCAGUAUUACGGUAGUCGUUUGCAAUCUUCAAAGGACGAGACUGUCCUGCUAACCCCGGGAUCCUACUCUGGAUAUGGCCCUGCACAGGUCUUAGUUAUUCUUAAUAAAUUUAUGGGAACAGGGAAGGCUAACUGUUUUUCGUGGGAAGAGAGUGAGGACAUCACCAAGGUCAAGUUGACUGCAGAUGUCAUGAAAGAAUAUGUCCCCAAAAAGACCGCCACUAUUCCAGACUUUGCCGAAGAGAUCACAUCUAUCAUAAACAGUGUCCCUGAAAGAGAAAUGUAUCCUUGCAUCUUCCAUGACCCGACGUUAAGCUUUCACAACAAAGAAUAUGGUACGACAGAUGCGUAUAAUAGGCCCAUCUCACAUCUGACCCGAUCUGAGCUUUUGCACAUUGGCCGAUGUUGCAAUCCCGAUGUCCUUCGGCAGUUCGGUGCUAUCCUGACCAAAUUGAUUGUUGUGGUAUCAGCGCGUGAGAUGCCUGACCAUAUCUCCAGCAUCAGUGCCGAUUAUGUGGCCAAGAUACCAUUAGUACUGGCAUCAGAAAGGUACAAUCGGCAGUUCUGGAAGCUCCUUUUACACACCAUUGAGCCUGGAACGAAGCUGUCUGCUCAACCCGCUGCUCUUCUUGCUGCUCUCAGUCUGCGGCUAGGGAUUGUGCCACUCAUGAAAGUAUCUGAGCAGGAGAUGCUCGGUUUCUAA